AAUGUAUAUGUACUAUUUAAAUAAUGGAAAAGUUUAAUUGAGAUCAACGCAUUUCACAAAACUGGACAGACUUGAGUAGAGAACCUUGCUGAAUAAUGCUACCGCGCAUAUGAAAAUAUAAAUAGAUAGCCUCAAAACUUAAAGUAACUGUUAGGUUCUGGUAUGCGCACGCACGUCAAGGCGGGUGGCUAGGGCGGGUCAAAGAAAGCAGUAGUCGAGCGAUCAAUAGCGCUGCUGACGUCAGUGUAGCGUCGGGCGCGAUUGGCCCGCCCGGCAUUAUUAAAUAAACCUCCCGAGAGAGUAGCGCGCAGCGGGCCAGCACCGCAGCACGCGGCGGGCGCGCCAACGCUCGCGGCCGCCCGCCAUGGCCGACAUGCCGGACCUCUCGCACCUCACGCCCGAAGAACGCGCCAUCAUCGAGGGCGUCAUUAUGCGGCAGCGCCAGGAGGAGCAGCGCGAACACGAAAUUAUGAGACGAAAACAAGACGAAGUAGCGGUUCUGGAGCAAACAAUACGUACCAGGAAUGAGAUGCAAAGGGCUGCAGGAGUGGAACUAGCAGCCACAUGUGAAAUUUGCUUGAAGACCAAAUUCGCGGAUGGAGUAGGACACUCCUGUCAUUAUUGUAGAGUGAGGUGCUGCGCAAGGUGUGGGGGCAAGGUCACUUUACGAUCUAACAAAGUCAUAUGGGUCUGUAUUCUCUGUCGUAAAAAGCAAGAACUGUUAUCAAAAACCGGACAAUGGAUUCACAAAAGUACUGGCCACGAUUCAAUGCUAUGGAGAAUGGAAUCGGACUUAAGAAAUUUACCAUCUCAGGUAGAUUCAACUUUAGAUAAAAGACCAAAAUUAGAGAGAGCGCACAGUGCAGCAGAAAAAGAGAAUCAACCGUUGCAGAGAUCUAGUAGUGCCCUCCGCCGGCAGUACAGUCAACAAGAGGCUAAGUGUUAUGGGGAACUAGAAGGACUUUCUAGGACUCACCCGCAUCUCGUACAUUCAAGGCAAAAGUCAGCCUACGGGAUAGACGACAUGGGGACCCCACAUCAGCCAACGCAGCUAUUGCCUCUACCCCACACGCCUGCCUUACACCCUCCGAUGCCGCCGAGAUCCUCCUCAUCUGAUGAUGAAGUUCCAGAGUGUGUUUCCGACGAAAACGACGAGUACCGGGACCGCGGAGAUCUUGAGGCGUGCGCUUCACUUCGGAAUCCAACUCGCUCCAACGUGACCUCAAACAACUAUUACAAUUUAACUAAUCAUUCGCCGGCCUCCUACAUACCCGAGGGACGCGGUGUCCUCGAUACCGGUAGAAGUGUCCCCACAGGCGGACGAAGUUUUGACUCCGUCACAGAUUGUCGUUGGCGUACUAGGGAAGACGCUGAAAAUGCAUAUUUACGCCCAUACACGCGUGACGAAACUCAUCGAUCCGAUCGUGCUGUAUAUAAAAGUGCAUAUCUGUGGGAAGACUCCACAGAUAAUAGACGAUUUACAGAAAGAAGAAAAAAAACUGUGAGGUUCGAUGGGCACGAGGGGGCGGCGACUUUUCCGCGUGGUGGACGAGACUCCUCUGGGGUCCCACACGACUGGGCCUCUUUACGUUGGGAAUCUGAAAGACAAACCAGUCAAGAUUCUGCUACGAAAGAUUCGGGCAUCGACACAUCUAGCACAUUUACUUCCAGCGAAGAUUCAAACAGGGGCGAGUGCCCUAAGUUUCCAUUGAACUGGCAAGUGUCAUCUGAUGGCACCCGAAUGGUGGGUCACAUGGUACUUCGAAAAAGUGUGGUUGAAGGAAGUUCACACUCCUCAUCAGCAAUUCUUGGACUUAAAGUUGUUGGUGGAAAAAUGCUACCUGAUGGUACUCGGGGAGCUGUGGUAGAAAAAGUUAAAAAAGGAUCCAUCGCAGAUUUGGAAGGACAGUUGAGAAUAGGGGACGAAGUAUUGCAGUGGAAUGGCAUGCCACUUCAAGGACGAAGUGCUGAUGAGGUGACAGCAGUAGUGGCUAAUAGCAAGCAUGACACCCACGUAGAACUAGUGGUCACGCGGCCACUUGCAUCUGCGCGACUGCUUGCACAGCCUUGGAGGUCACAUAAAGAAGUUUACACGGAGGUGCUUGGUGGCGCUGAAAAGCCAAGUGUUUUAGUAACAUCACCAGGAUCACCUGACAUAUAUGGACGAAGACGUAAUGCCAGACAAAACAAUCAAAAUGCAUUUGUUGCUGGUCGAAUACAGUUAAAAAUCUACUUCGACAUAGCAGCGCUACAGCUUUUAGUCACUGUAGUGUCUGCCAGCGGCCUGACUCCUAGAGCAGACGGCUCGCCACGAUGUCCUUACGCGAAGAUAUUUCUUCUACCGGACAAAAGCGAGAAAAGCAAACGAAGAACAAAGACUCUAGCAAAUACUUUGGAGCCAAGGUGGAACCAGACGUUCGUUUACUGUGGAAUACGUUUUAGUGAUAUAAAGAAGAGAACUUUAGAGGUCACAGUCUGGGAUUUAAAUCGUUACGGGCCAAACGAUUUCCUUGGCGAAGUUCUUCUAGAUCUAGAAAAUAUGCCAAUGAAUCAUGAACCAAAUUGGUACAAGUUAAAGCCGCAUGAUGAAUUUGCUGGUUUUGGGAGAUAUCGUGAAGAUGAAGCCGAUGGCGAGCAUCUAUCUCCUCCAUCUACCUCCAACUCUCGCUUGUCAGACUCAGAUACGCCCAGCGAGUGUGACUUGAGGAGACAUCACUCUCUCUCCAGUCUUGCUUCUAGUUCGAGUCCGCCACCACCUCACGAAGUGGACGGAACUCGUUGUAGUCGCCGCGAUAUGUCUCCCGCGGGUCGAGUGAGGACUACUGCUGUAGCUAGGGAACGGGGUCCCAGCUACGUAGGUCGGUCGCAAUCAGCGGCCGGGGGGCGAAGCGCCUCACCGCGGCGCUCCCUGUCUCCGCCCAACGACAGGGACGCCUACCGCUACACAGUGUGUGAAGAUCGUGACGCCACGCGUUUGCCCACACACGCGUAUGCUCCACGCUUUCAAUCACGAUCUGCGACGGCUACCCCGACGACCAGCCCUAAGAAACGCCAGUUGCCCCAAAUACCACAUCAGAAUACCCAGCGAGCGAUGCGCGCGCAGGUGUCCGCAGACCUGGAAGAACGUAAGUGGAUCGCCCCGCAUCACAUUGGCGCCACACUCACCUACCGCAGCACGCCACAAGGGUGGGAAAGGCACUAUGCAGGACUUUCGGAUUCGGAGUUGGCAUCACGUGGUGGAGGUUGGGCGCCAAGACGUCGCUUAUCUCCCGACGCGGCCGCUGGAGAUUCAGACAUCGAAUCCGUGGCCUCGGUCACUUCUAGUGCAUUCAGUACGCAAUCCGAACGCCCACGUCCCACCAGGAUGCUUAGUAAUGACUAUGGUAGUCGAGAUAAUGGCCGCAAUAAUAAUCAACCGCCUACCCUUGAGAGGCGAGAGUCAAGGCAUGGACAGUUUACGCGCAGUUUAAGUAACACCGAUGCACCAGAUGAAAAAGCAGAUGGCAGUUUAAGUGAUACAGCGCUCGGUGGGACUUCUGAAAACGAACCAGCGGGUGACGAUGCAUUAUUGAAAGCUGAGCCACGUGAUUACUUUGGACCUGGAAUGGGCAAAAAGAGUAACUCAACGUCUCAGUUAUCAGCUACAGAUAUCUUAUCAACACCGACAGGGCGAAAGAGACGGUUAGGUUUCGGUAAACGCGGAAAAAAUUCCUUUACCGUUCAACGCAGUGAAGAAGUGGUUCCUGGAGAGUUACGAGGAGGCGCUGGCGUAUCCCGGGCCUCCUCGGCCUCCAGUGAGAACGACGACGACAGAUGGUCACCGGGUAUGCGAGGCUCGAGUUCGUCUGAUGGAGGCGGUCUAUCCGAUUUCAUUGAUGGACUGGGCCCAGGACAGUUGGUCGGACGGCAGCUAUUGGGAGCACCCACAUUGGGAGAUGUGCAAUUGUCUAUGUGCUAUCAGAAGGGCUUCCUUGAGGUAGAGGUGAUUCGCGCGCGGGGGCUCCAAGCCCGUCAAGGCAGCCGUACAUUGCCGGCGCCCUAUGUUAAGGUAUAUUUAGUAAGCGGCAAGCGAUGUAUCGCUAAGGCCAAAACCAGUACAGCUCGAAGGACCUUGGACCCGCUGUACCAGCAGACCCUUACGUUCCGAGAGAACUUCAAAGGGUGUAUAUUGCAAGUAACAGUUUGGGGCGACUACGGUCGCAUCGAAGGCAAGAAAGUGUUCAUGGGUGUGGCCCAAAUUAUGUUGGAUGACCUCAACUUGUCCAAUAUUGUUAUUGGAUGGUACAAACUUUUCGGGACUACGUCUUUGUAACUGUGGCUGGCCGCUAUGGCGGUGUCGGUGAACAAUAUCAAUAAUAAUAAAAAGUUAUAUAAAGUCCAAAUAAUACAUCUAGUGAUACUGCUUUAAUAAUAUAAACUGCAAAUGUCUUGAAUAUAGAAACAUUUUCUAUAAACGAAAGUUACAUGUAAAUUAUUUUUUUCUUUCGGAAUGCCUACCGGAGUAUAAAUAGCUAGUUAGCAUUUUAUAGCAACGGAUGUAUAGUGUACUCGAUAAUGUAAGUAUUAAAAGCCAAAUAAGA